AUGCUGCAUCCAUUACAUGACAAAGUCGUAGCGGUCUAUGGAGGCACUUCAGGUAUCGGGAAAGAGCUUACAUCAAAGUUUACAUCACUCGGAGCAUGUGUCAUAUUUUUGGGCACCAACAAAGAAAAGGGAUGUGCACUGCAAGAUUGCAUUAACAAACAAGCUGGAUCCACCAGGGCCGUGUUUCACAUGUGCGAUGUCACUGACUGGUCAUUACAAGAAGCCUUGUAUGACGUUGCUGCCAAGCAAUUCGGGAAGACUGUUGAUAUUGUUAUCAUUGUUGCAGGGAUCCUCGAGUCGUCUGAUCUACUCAAUGAUGCCGAACAAGAUGGUAGUUAUCGCACCCUUGAAGUCAAUCUUGCAGCUGCUGCCAAGGCUACACGCACAGCCGUGCAACAUUUCAUCAAGAAUGACAAACCCGGUCUUGUGAUUCAUACAUCUUCCAUCUAUGGAUUUUGUGGUGCACCCUUAGCACCCUUGUAUGCUGCAUCCAAGCAUGGUAUCUUAGGAUUAGCGAAAAGCUAUGGUACCUUAUUUCGCUCAACCAAUAUCCGAGUUAAUGCAGUGGCUCCCCAUUUCGUUGAUACACCCAUGGUCAGUGGACCAUCCAAGGACGUUGCUACAGCAUUAGGGAUGGUGCCCAUGUCGCGAUGUGUGAGUGCGUACAUGCAUGUCAUUGAAGAUGAGACACUCAACGGUGAUGUAAUUACAGUGACAGCACAAGGCAUGCGUAUUGAACCACGUUACUCUGAUCCUAUUUAUGAAAAGCUGGAUGAGCUCUGCAGCCAUAGGAAGGCUUUCAUUUUGGAUGAAAUUAAAAGACGUUUUCAUGUUUGA